AAUGGGGGGGAGAAGUUUCUUUAGAAUGGAAUAGUCGAUUAUCUGCCUUCUCCUCAGGGUGCUCCGGCAAAAAAAAUUCUAACUUGCCGUUGGCUUUGGCUUUUAAAAUUGACAUUGACAAGUUUGACAAUCAACUUACUUUCUUGCGAGUUUAUUCGGGGAAGAUUUCGGCUAACUCUUAUGUUUAUAACGUUAACCAACAAAAGAAAGAAAGAACCGAGGAAAUUAAGCAAGUGGGAGUGGGAGACAUUGCCGCCGCCUAUGGCUUGCGACAAACCGUCACUGAAAAUAUCGAGUUUGAUGAACCAGUCAUUUCCCGGGCCGUGGAAGCCAAGACCAAUAAAGAUAAUGAUAAAUUAAGCGAAGUUCUGAAAAAAUUAAUAGUUCAAGACCCCGGAUUAAAAUACCAAAUUGACAAAAAAACUG